GGGAAAUGUGCAAGCAAGCGAUGCGCGAGGUCGUUGCUUCUGAAAGUCGGCUUUGAUAUCGACUCCCUACCAACUGCCAGAGUGCACGAGAAACACAAUCAUGGGAUACUCUUCAAUAUAACGGUUAGCUUGGAUACCCUCAUUAGCUCAGACCAUCUGGGGCUAGUGCCGGAGUUUCACUUUAACAAUGUCUGAGCAACGAACCAUAGCAUACAAGUCUGUUGGGUUUAGUCUAGGCGCAGGAAGCGGCGGCGGGGCUGGUUCAGCCCUUGGAACGGCGGCGAGCUCUUUCCUCAACACCCUCUUUACGUCUGUGCCGUCAGCGAAAUCUCUUUUGCCAACGCUUGUGUCGGAGCUAUCAAUUCCAAAAAGCGCGACACAGCCUGAUGCAGCUGCAGAACAGAACGAUGCAACUCAGAGGCGGUCUGAAAAGCAGGAUGCUAAGCAGUCCGAGAAGCGGCAGGAGGAGCGGCAGUUAGGAAACGUGAGCAUUAAGCACGAACAGGUGCAGGAACAGCGGCAAAAAGAUGAGCCCGAACAGGCGCCUCUAGGGCAAAAGGAAGCGCCUCCAUCUCUGACGGGCCCAACACUUGAGGUCAUCAACCUGCUGUCCGACUCCGAUGAGGACCUCACGCAAGGCACUCCAGCCAAGCAGCCGGCCGCAGCAGCGCAAGACGCAAAAGCGGCUCCGGAUACAGCAGCAGAGCCCCCGACCAAACCGGUAAACGCUGAGUACAUUCCCCUGCCAAAACUGGCAGCACCAGCAGCGGCAGCUGCUGCGGCCGCAGGUGCCGCAGGCACGUCCGCGGACAAGGCGGCGCCGGCACCUGGAUCCGCGGAUGCUCUAGCAGAGGAGGAGAACAUUCGGAAAUUGGGCCAACGGCCGUACUGGAUGUCGUACGUGUCGCGUAUCGAGAGCCCACUGCUGCGGCUGCACCAAGAGCUGGUUGAGCUGUGCGAGCUGGUGCAGCCCACUCCGGAUGAGGCGGAGGCGCGGCGGGCGUCGGUGGCGGCGGUCAGCGAGGUGGUGAACUCCAUCUGGCCCAACGCAAGGUGCGAGAUCUUCGGCUCCUACGCCACGGGUCUGUACGUGCCCACCUCUGACGUGGACCUGGUCAUCCUGGACAGCGGCUGCAGCAACGUGCAGGCGGGCCUCAAGGCGCUGGCAGCGGCGCUCACCAAGAGGAACGUGGGGCGGGCGAUCCAGGUGAUCGGCAAGGCGCGUGUGCCCAUCGUGAAGUUUGAGACGGUGGAGUACGGCAACCUGGCCUUCGAUGUGUCGUUUGACGUGGCCAACGGGCCUCAGGCCGCCCAGCUGGUGAGCGAGAUGACGGCCGCCUGGCCCAUGAUGCGCCCGCUCAUCCUCUGCCUCAAGCUCUUCCUGCAGCAGCGGGAGCUAAACGAGGUGUACACGGGCGGCAUCGGCUCCUACGCCCUCAUCACGCUGGUAGCUGCCUUCCUGCAGCUGCAUGCGUCGCGCAGGCCCAGCAGGGGAGCUGCGGCGGACAGGGACAUGGACGGCGAGGCCGAGGAGGGCGGCGGCGGCAAGCGCCGCAAACGCGAGCAGCCGCAGCAGGACAAGCAGCAGCAGCAGCAGCAGCCGGUGCACGGCACUGCGGGGGCGGCGGCGAGUGGGUCGGAGAGCGGGGCGGUGGAGCCGGGGCUGGGGGCGCUGCUGGUGGACUUCUUCAGGUUCUACGGCCGGGUGAUCAACAUGCCGGAGGUGGGCAUCAGCUGCGCGGGCGGCGGGCAGUUCUUCCGCAAGACCGACAAGGACAGUCCGCCGGGCGGCCAGGCGGGUGGCGGCAGCUACAGCGGCUGGCUCAACUGCGACCGCCCCUUCCUGUUGGCGGUGGAGGACCCCAAGGACCCCGACAACGACGUCUGCCGCUCUUCCUUCAACAUCAUGCGCGUCAAGACGGCCUUUGAGUUCGCAUACCAGAUGCUGACGGCGCCCUCCCACCGCGAUGAGUCGUUGCUGUCGCGCAUCUUGCGCCUGGGGCCCAUCCUGGCCAGCCGCCCGCGACCCCGUGUGCCGCACCUCCGGGACCUGGGCUACUACGCGCAGCCGCCCCAGCCGGCGGCACGGAGGCAGCGGGAGCAGGAGGAGGACGAGCGGGAGGCCGGCCGGCAGCAGCAGCAGCGGGUACGAGGGCGCGAGCAGAAGCAGGAGCAUGAAGAAGGAGAGGCGCCAGAGGAAGGAGAGGAGACG